GCCUGCCCGCCCACCCGCGCCGGGGCUGUCUGGGCCGGAGGCGCGCGGGGAACGGUGGCGGCGUUGCCAUGGCGGCGGGGAGGCUGCUGCUGCGCGCGGGGCCGCGGCUGCUGCGGGAGCGCCGGGGCCGGGUGUCACAUUGCUUGAUCAGAAGAACAUUUUUUGGGUAUCCCUUAACUAAAGCAGAUUCUGGUCUGGUCCAGAAGACUAAAGAUAUUUGUUUAAGGUUUUGCAGACCACGAACUUCUACAACAGCUGCUGGCACAUCUGGAGAGGACAUCGUACUCAAAUGGGGCCUUUUCCUGGUCCCUCUGACCACGUUCUGUCUCGGCACUUGGCAGGUUCAGCGACGAAAGUGGAAAUUAGACUUGAUUGCACAACUGGCAUCAAGAAUUACAUCAGAGCCCAUCCCUCUGACAUUAGACCCCAUGGAACUGAAGGAACUGGAGUACAGACCUGUAAAGGUCCGAGGGCAUUUUGACCACUCCAAGGAGCUCUAUAUUUUGCCACGGUCACUUGUGGACCCUGAGCGAGAAGCCAGAGAAGCCGGGCGUCUGACAUCCCACCCGGAAAACGGAGCGAAUGUCAUUACUCCUUUCUAUUGCACAGAGCUGGGGGUCACGAUUUUAGUCAACCGAGGAUUUGUGCCCAAAAAGAAAUUGAAACCGGAGACCAGGCUGAAGGGACAGAUUGAAGAUGAAAUUGAUCUCACCGGGGUGGUGAGGUUAUCAGAAACCCGGAAACCUUUUGUGCCUGAAAAUAACAUUGAGAAAAACCGCUGGCACUACCGUGACCUGGAGGCUAUGGCAAAGGUGACCGGCGCCGAGCCCAUCUUUAUCGAUGCGGAUUUCAGAAGCACGGUCCCGGGGGGACCCAUUGGAGGCCAGACAAGAGUGAGCCUGAGGAACGAGCACAUGCAGUACAUCAUCACCUGGUAUGGCUUAUGUGCUGCAACUUCAUUCUUGUGGUACAGAAAAUUUAUACAAAAAAUACCUCUGUGAGGGGAAGGGCUGACGACUUCUCUUCUGUACUGCGGUCAAGAGCAGACUUUUAUAGAAGCCAGCACUCUGAUCAGUCCUGAACUAUCUGAAGCACGCAGAGUUUCAGAGCAACAUGUUCAGUCAAUGCGUGCAGCUCUCAAGCUGCAAAUAGACUCUGAGCUCCUACCGGUGCGAUUCUGGCUGCAGCUUGGAAGUAUUAAACUUCAAAAUUGUACAUGGCUGUUGAGACUUCUAGUGAGGCACAUUUAUGCAGUAAUCUCAAGGAUAUAUUUUUCUAUUGUCAUUGGUUUUAACCUACACCACUUUAACUUCUCCACGGCUGUAUUUUCCAAAAGCUGGUGAGGGAUUUUGUGAAUCCAGGUUUCUUUGCACUGCGUAGUCAUUCCUGAGGUCAGGAGUGGUUCACAGCAGUUGCAUCAGAAUAAAUAAAGAGGGCUUAGAGAUGCA